AUGCACACGUCCUCCACCCCGACAUCGCCCGUCGCACAAGGAUACGUGGACGUCCGCGAUGGCAAGAACAGCCUGCAGUCCCAAGCCGACUCGACCUCGAAGAGAGAGAGCCCUCGGUUCUACCUGGAGGAUGGAAACCUGGAGCUCGAGCUCGACGACGGCACAUUAUAUAACGUCCAUCGCUAUUUCUUCAAGAAGUACGCGCCAGCUUUCGUAGAGCUGUACCUGGACGGAGCGACAGAGAAGCCUGUCACACUUCCGAAGGUCGCAUCCCUCGACCUCGACCGCUACUUCGAGCCCGGCAAGUGUGAUGUCUGCACCGUCGAAGAGUGGACCUCGAUCCUUCGCCUCGCCACGGCCUGGUCUGUCCCUAGUCUGCGCCAGCUGGCUAUUUGUGAGGUCGAGCCCAAGGCUACACCUGUGGAUAAGAUCGUCAUCGCCCGCGAGUUCGACCUCGGAGAGACGUGGCUUUUGCCCGCGUUCGCGGACAUCUGCAGUGCACCUCAGUGGCUUGAUUACGAGGACGCCCAGCGUCUUGAUAUGCGCACGAUCGUGGAGCUAGCUCGUGUCAGGGAAGGGGUGCGCUCUGGUGCGCGAGGCGCGUUCGACGUGGCAAUGGCUGUCCGUGCCAGUCCUAUUCUCUUCCCUGAUGGGGACUUUCUCCCUCAAGCUGACGACACCAUCUCUUCGACCACUGCAAGCCUCAGGUCAUCUCCCGGCCCGAGUCCUGAUCCGUCCGUUGAUGCGAACGCGGUCGCAUCCCCGUUCCAAGCUAGCGAACCUAUCGUCCCCGGCAACUCGACACUGCUUCCGGCACAAGGACCAUGGCCCCCCUUGCCAGACGAACCCCAGGCCCCCCCUCCACCGCAGCCUCUAGGACUUAUGGAGCUACUCGCGCUGCUUACACUGCAGAGCGCCGAGCUCGCUGAAGAAGCAAAAGCCUGGGAUUCUCCGCUCGAUCGUGUGCAGUUCGCUCUGCGAUUGAAGGAUCGUAUUGCCAUCGAAACUUCAUCGGUCGCCCUUCACCACCGCGCCUGGCGCCAGUGUCGUGUGAAUCAGAUUUUCAGCGGUCUUGCGAUGUGCACGGCCGAAACAGUGAAAGAUACGUUGCACGCGGAAGAUUAUGGCGAUGAUUAUUCCAGCGCCAUACUCGCCAUACUUACUCACCUGGCUCGGAAGGUCGUAGCGAAUCACCUAGCGCGUAUGCAAUCGCAAGACUCUAGCAGUGCUAUGGAUGCUCGCAAACGCACUCGCGUUAUAACUAAUUCCAGAAUCUACAAUACUGUGAGCAGGAGGUUGAUGCAGUGA